AUGGCAUCGAAACCACUUGAGGAGGAGAUUGCCGAGCUACGACUAGCUAAUGACGAGCUUUACCGAGAACACGCACAUGAGAAGGCGCAGAUGCAGGUCGCUGUGGAGCAGGAGCGACGGCGAACUGCUGAACUAACUCAAACAGUUGAGGCCAUAACGGAGGAAAAUGGUCAGUGGCGUGAGAGCUACGCAGCCUUGGACGAAGCAAAGCGAUUCGCAGAGGAGCAGAUCGAGGAGACAAGAAGGUACGCGGAGGAGCAAUUCGGAGAUGAGAAGGCCCAACUGGAAGAGCAGAUAGCUCAGCUAGAGGAAAGCGUCAAGAGCUGCACGACACAGAUGGCGAAUGAUCUUGCAGAGCUUGAGCGACUUCGUGCCUCGGAUGCUGCUCACGAAGAGCAAGAGGCAGAACUCCAACGACAGCUAGAUGAACGCGAUGAUCGCUUUGCUCAGCUCAGUGCUGAGUACGACACGCUUCGAGUUCAGUAUGAUCAACUCCAGCAGACCCAAUAUGACGCUCAAAAGGCUCACGAAGACGAUCUUGCUACAAAGCAACAGGAGCUGAAAGAUACUGCGUGCAAAAUAGAGGAGUUGCAGACACAAGUUGCAAGUCUAGAAAGCCAGCUGAAGGCAGCCUCUGCGGGCGAAAGCGUGCGCGAAGCAAACCAAAGUGCAUUGCUACGUCGUGCUGAGCAACAGAUUAACGAGAAACAGGAGAAACUUGACGAGGUCAACGCACACGUCAAAGAGCUAGAAGAUGAGGUAGGUUUGCUGUCGGUCAUAGGCUCCGGAAACGAUUACGCUGCACGAAUUCGAGGACUUCAGCAGGAGGUUUUCGUCAAAUCCGAGCAGCUAGUACAGCAAGGUGAAAAGCAUCUUCGUAUGGCGGGCCUUUUUGAUAAAUCUCGGUCCGAGCUGACACAACUUCGAGAUGAAGUUGGCAAGGUGCGUCGCGUUCUACUUCGUGGAAUUGGUCUGGACCCCACGCUCACCAGUCAAGACACAGGAGUGGAUGACUCGCUGUACCAGCAUGUUAAGCUUGAAGAACUGGUACGUUUGCGUCUGAAGACGUUUGAGCAUGAAUGGCAGCUCGCUGGAGCUUCAUCGACCUUUGAUCCCACGACGGACGACGACCAAGACAUGGGGCCAUCAUCGUGUCACUUACCUAACGUCGAGAGCUUCUCAGCAUUAGACGCACUUGGCCUUGGCGGUGUGGGACGUUUGGAACGUGAAAUGCGAGUGCUUCGAAGCCGAAAUAAGCGGCUAAUUGAGCGCACCGAACGACUCGAAAGCGAGCUGGACACUGCUCAAAAUGGACUUCGCGACCUGCAAAGCAUGCGCGAAAAAGUGGUCGAAACGGUGGGUCGUGAACGUGUCGAGAAGGAGCUGCGUGCGAAGAGUGAACAAGCCAACAAAGAGCUGAGCGAGAAAGUUGCAGCUCUUUCGGAGCAUGUAGAGAAGCUAAUGGUGCACUUGAAGCACGAAGCAGCGGCGAAAACUCGCGCAGUGGAGGCCCAGCGUCGUGUGGAGAAGGAGCUACUCGAAACGAAGGAUAAAUUGACCUCUGCGACUCGAAAGAAUGCUGCACAGGACGCAAAAGUGACCGAGCUCGAGCAAGGCGCACGCAUUUUGGAGGAUCAGCUCCGCCUCAUGGACGAGAAGUUCAUCGACAUUCGCAAUAAACUGGACUGGACACGUUCAUCUGCGCGAAAAGAGAACAAGCAGCUCUCCGCCGAGCUCCGUUCGCUGCGCAUGAAGUGGCAGAUGGCGAGCGAUGCUGGAGCCCUGAAUGGAUUACCGGACUGGGCUUCUCCUACUUCCGUGCUAAAAUUCUCAAAGAAAUCGCCACUAGGAACGAGCAACUCGAAUUCACGACUACCUACGCCCAAAGCGUCGAAUAACGGGCUAACUCCAGCUGUAGCGGCUGUGGUGCAGGACGCUUUGGCUAUUGGCAAAGGUGCCCGCGUCAAGUUCGACAUUCCAAAACUACCACAGCCAGAGUCUGACGCUGGUACACCCUGGUCUGAUGCUAAGUUGUCGGUGCUGCAGCGGCAAUUCCGACGAGCAUAG